AUGCAGAGAGUACGCAGUCAAGGAACCGGCGGAUCAUCAACAAAUAAGUUAUCCGGGCGACUCCGUGUGGCCAGCGAAAGGCAAGGUACAAGCGGCGAGCUGUCGGCACUCGAUCGGUCGGACACAGGGCGGCGCUCGCGCUGCGGGCCGCGUCGACUCGCACGCGAAAUGUCACAAUUUCGUCGAGUCGCGGGCCCCGGCUACGUAACUAGAGGGGCCGGACGAGUUGGGGACCCGCCUUGGCUUCGGCGCAGAGCGAUCGAGGGCGCGGGUCCCCAAGUCGCCGGUCCCCAGGGGGGAGGUCUACCGCACCCCGGCCGUGCCCAGGCGGUGGUGGGCGGUGCUGGGGCGGGCGGGGCGCCCCGCCGACUUGCGCGGGACGGUCACGGGUUCCAUCUCCGGUUCCUUCUUGACCGGGGUCGGGAUGCUCUGCAAAUAAUAAAUGCACAGGUUAAUAAAAUACGAUCACUUAUUUUCAGAUACGGAUCACGGUUACGGUCGACGGACGUCAAGAACUAA